GAUUCACUCAGCUGGGCGCCCCCACUCCACAUCGCGCCUGGUGCAACAAUCAGCGUUCGUAACCAGGCCACUGGCUCUCAACCAUUCCUGUGCCGUCUGUUCGUGUCGUACAUUCGCUAGCCUAUAAUUGAUCCUUCGUCCUAGGAGGGGAUCAUGUGGUUACUUGAGAGCGAGUUGUUUGAGGAUCGGAAGCUCUGGUUGCGCCCAGGGAAGACCUACCUAUUUGGUCGCACUGUAGCCGAAUCGGGCCAACUUGCCAUCGAUCACAAGACCAUCUCUAGGAAACAUAUCACGAUUCAGGUUGAAGAUGUCCCUGAGGGCGGCGGCCGUAACCUCCGCUCACGAUCCACCAUUACGAUCAAAGACCUUGAUUCAAAGAAGGGGACGCUUCUGAAUGGCGUUCAGAUACGCGGCCAGAAGAAAACGCUGACAGAAGACGUGAACGAACUGAAGUUGGGCCUGUGUCCCCAGCCCUUCCGUAUAAGAUGGCACCCGAUCGUCCUCAGUUUCUCUUUCACCGCAAAGGAACUGAGCGCAGAUCCUUGGACCAGACUCCGCGACAGCUUGGAGCACCUCGACAUCAAGUACUCGGCCGAAUACGAGAGAGAAACCACUCAUGUCGUCUCUAGGAAACGCAAUACUUCGAAAGGGCUACAGGCGCUGGUCAACGGCAAAUACAUCGUUACCGAUAGCUUCAUCAGUGCUAUCGCAGACGCAGCUGAAAUUCCAGAAGAUGCAGAAGGGGCGUCCAGUGCCUUGGAAGAGGACUUCAAGGCCGCUUGGCCGAACCCCAUCGAGCAUUUGCCCCCACGCGGUGAGGAGCCCUCCGACCGGCCGCCGGAAGCCUACUCCCCUGAUGGCCGGCGAGCCGAGGUGUUUGACGGAUACAUGUUUGUCUUCUAUGAGAGGAAGCAAUACGAGACCCUCUGCCCCGUCAUCUCCGCGGGAAAAGGCAAAGCUUUGUUUAGGGAGGUGAUACCAGGCGAAACAGAUGUCGACGAAUUUAUCCGAUAUGUCAAAGGCGUCGCUGGCGAAAAGGGGCUCCGGUCCUUUGAGGAUGGCAGCGAGGGCAAGGGAGUGGUGGUCGUGCGGUACAUCCCAAAGACCGAGGACUUUGAGUGGUUUGCCAAGUUCCUCACUUCGUUUGCUCAGCGGCUUGACCAUCGACCCAUUGAUCAGCGAGAAUUCCUCGAGGCCAUUCUUGCCUGUGAUGCCUCCAUGCUAUGCCGCCCGCUCGAGGAAGCCAGCCAAUUCGAUGCAGCGGGAUCUGGAGACCGCAUGGACCUUGACCAGCCUGCCCCUCAGCCGCAAGAACAGCAGGAGCCUGCCGCAGAACAAGAAUCUGCGCCAGCUCCGCGCCGAGCUAGGGGUCGGAGAGCAGGUAGAAGCCGAUUUAAAGGCUUCGAUUUUGAUGAUGCCGAGGAACCUCUCGAGGAAAGCGCUUCGGUGCAGCCCGCUGAGCCUUCUCAGGUGGCAGCAGCAUCUCAAGACAGCUUGUUCGUAUCCCAGCACCGGGAAGCAAGCAUUCCUUCAGAGGGGGAUGCACGCGACGCUCGGCACACUCGCCGAACUCAGCGAAAACGUGCUCUCUCGCCACUCCCGGAGCAAGACAGGUCAACGCUGAUGGAUCAUAUCGCCCCAACUGCUGCAGCAGUCAAGCGGCGGCGAAUGGAGUCUGGACAAGAGCCUGUGCCCCCGCCCCUUGAGCCCGAACCAGAGCCGCAACCAAACGAAGAUGAAGGAAUGGUCGCCGAGUCACCAGUGGAAAAGCCGAAGAAAGGCAAGGGAGCAAAAAGCAAAGGCAAAGCCAUCAAGCAAGAUGAUGAUAUUCUCGAGCUUGCGCGCCUUCAGCGGGAGGAAGCCGAGGCCCAGGCGGCAGCGAAGCGCAGGGAGCUCGAGGAACUCCCCGACGACGGUAUCGACUAUGCCGCCAUCCGGGCGUUGCACAUCAUCGAAGAGUGUGAGGUGCAUUUCCCGGAUCCUGGUGCGAACAGCCGCAACCGGGACCGGGACAUCGCCGACGGCCGGUGGGAUCCGCGGUGGAACGGCCGCAAGAACUUCAAGCAGUUCCGCAAACAAGGGGAAGCGCAAGGCCGUCCGGCGCCCCGCAUCAUUAUUGAGCUCGAAGAGGUCAAGCCGAAGGAGUACGGCAUCGGUGAUGACUACUGGCUCGAGGACGAGGAGAGCGGGCGUCGCAAGAGGGACAGUCAGGCGCGCAGGGAUUCGCAGACCCAAACCCAACAGCAAGCAUCAUCGCACGCCGGGCUCGACAGCUUGAACAAGGGCAAGGGCAAGGAAAAGGAUCAAGAGAAACCCAGGCCUGCAAUGCGCAGAACCGUCCUAGCCCUCGACAGCAGUGAUGAAGAGGAAGCGACCGAGCUUGGGACGACGGGACAAGACGACAGUUUCGUGCCUGAGACAGAACCGCCGAGGAGUCGGGCGGCAAAGGCGGCCGAGAAGGCCAAUUCGCAGCGUGGGCGGUCUCAGACGCAGACGCAGACACAGAGCCAGGCGGCGACGUCGUCGAACAAGCGGUCUGCUGCGGCCGACUCGGGCAGCGGACCAGCAGCCAAGAGGCCACGGAUGGGAUUUAAGCCGCCGAGCGAUGAUGAGAGUGAUAGUGAGGAUGAACUCAAGUUCCGCUUUGGAAGGCGGAGGUGAAGCUAGUCUUGAGGCGGUUAGCAAGCAGUUUGCUCAGCGAGAUAUUGCAGUUGAUGUGACGAAGAAAUCAGCUUGUCUUGUGAAACGGCUGCGCCUUUCUGGUCGAUUGGGUAUCAUUCGAUCAAAUGUGCUUCCCACCAGGGAACUCUGUUUUAAGACAGGUUUAUGGUACAAUGAAAUCAUCGCAGAUUCCGCG